GAAACGGUCUCUUCUUUUUCACUUUGCGGUGAAGGUGCAACAGUAAUCGGUCGUCCCGAAUCCGGGUUCAUCCGACACCCUCACCUUUUCAAGCAGAACUGAGCUCAUCUUAAGCUACAUCAUGCCUCCCAAGUUCGAUCCCAAUGAGGUUAAAGUUGUAUACAUGAGGUGCACAGGAGGAGAAGUUGGUGCAACCUCCUCUUUGGCUCCCAAGAUUGGUCCUCUGGGUCUGUCUCCCAAGAAGGUUGGUGACGACAUUGCCAAGGCCACAGGCGACUGGAAGGGUCUGAGAAUCACCGUGAAGCUGACUAUCCAGAACAGACAGGCAGCUAUUGAAGUCGUGCCCUCCGCCUCUGCUCUCAUCAUCAAGGCUCUGAAAGAGCCUCCUCGUGACAGAAAGAAGGUGAAGAAUGUCAAGCACAGUGGCAGCGUGGCCCUUGAAGAGAUUGUCAACAUUGCCCGUGUCAUGAGGCACCGCUCCAUUGCCAGAGAGUUGUCUGGAACCGUCAAAGAGAUCCUGGGAACAGCUCAGUCUGUUGGUUGCACCAUCGAUGGCCGCCAUCCCCAUGAUGUCAUUGAUGACAUUAAUGCCGGAAAAGUUGAAAUCGCCUCUGAGUAAAAUCACGAGUGGAGAAGUAAAUAAAUUUGUUACAAAAAUGUA